AGGGUUCACGGCUCGAAUCCGGCAGCUACAUCUCAACUGCUCAUGUCUGCGUUCGGGCAACCUGACAUUAUCUCGGUCCUCGUGCUUCCUCCGAAUGGUUUGGUAGCUAUUCACCGAAAGAGCGUCACGGUUAAACGGCUGUUGAUAAUUUACCUCUUCAAUUUGACAGGUGAGGUAGAACCCUGGACGGUGAACGUGGAACCACCUACGGCCUCGGAGAAUGGUUUAUCCCUGAAUCUGAGGGGACGUGUGUAUCAAGCUACAGUACGGGCUGUUUUGUUGUAUGACUGUGAGAUUUGGCCUAUUCGAGCAGCGGACCUGAGACGUCUUCAGGUGUUCGACAAUCGUUGUCUCAGAACCAUAGCUCGUGUGGGUUGGUGUCGGGGAAUGUGUAACGAGGCAGUUAGUGGGCGUGUUCUGUAA